CCGGCUCAGUUUGCGUCUCUUUACUACUUCUGUUGUGUUCAUGAGAGCAUCAAUACUGCACUAAUUCAUCAUAAAAUAACACACUUUACUCAUGGAUGUUUAAGUUCACGAUUAAUUCUCCUGCGAUCAUGGCGGUGCCAAUGGAAAGUCAACUGCAGAGUAUUUUUGAGGAUGUAGUGAAAACUGAGGUGAUUGACGAGGCGUUUUCUGGGAUGUUUAUGGACAGUCCUGAGGAUGAGAGAACUAAACUAGUGAGCUGUUUAGGAGCGUUCAGACAGUACUGGAGUAGUCUGCCUCAGGAGUCACAUGACCAGUGUGUGCAGUGGAUUGUGCGCUUCAUUCAUAGUCAACACAGUCCCAAACGCAUCUCCUUUCUCUAUGACUGUCUGGCAAUGGCGGUGGAGACCAACCUGUUGCCGCCCAGAAUGGUUUGUCAGGCGCUUAUCAGUUCAGACAGUUUGGAGUGGGAGAGAACUCAACUUUGGGCCUUGACCUUCAAGCUCAUCCGCAAAAUCAUCGGUGGAGUCGACUACAAGGGUGUGAGGGAUUUACUAAAGGCCGUGAUGGAUAAGAUUCAGACUGUCCCAAACUUUGUGAGCUCAGCUGUGGUUCAGCAGAUGCUGGCAGCACGUGAGGUUGUGGAAUACAUUCUGGACCGUAACGCCUGCCUGCUUCCGGCAUAUUUUGCAGUAACAGAGAUCAGGAAGCUGUAUCCAGAGGGGGCGCUCUCACACUGGCUCUUGGGCAGCCUGAUUUGUGACUUCGUUGAUAGUUUCAGACCUACGGCCCGAAUAAACUCCAUUUGCGGUCGCUGCAGUCUUCUGCCGGUGGUUAAUAAUUCUGGAGCGAUUUGUAACUCGUGGAAACUGGACCCAACCACCCUACGUUUCCCACUGAGAGGAAUGCUGCCAUAUGAUAAGGAUCUGUUUGAGCCACAGACGGGUCUGCUGAGAUAUGUCCUGGAACAGCCGUACUCGAGGGAUAUGGUCUGCAACAUGCUGGGCCUUAACAAACAGACCCUGAACAUUGCUCAGCAUAAGCAGAGAUGUCUGGUGCUGGAAGACCAGCUGGUAGAUCUGGUGGUGUACGCCAUGGAGCGGUCAGAGACGGAGGAGCAGUUUGAUGACGGAGGCACCAGUCAACUCUUGUGGCAGCAUCUCUCCAGCCAGCUCAUCUUUUUUGUUCUGUUCCAGUUCGCAAGCUUCCCUCACAUGGUGCUCUCGCUUCAUCAGAAGCUGGCCGGUCGAGGGUUAAUAAAGGGACGUGAUCAUCUGAUGUGGGUCCUGCUUCAGUUCAUCUCAGGAAGUAUUCAGAAGAACGCUCUGGCUGACUUUCUCCCCGUCAUGAAACUGUUUGACCUGCUUUAUCCUGAGAAAGAGUGUAUUCCUGUCCCAGACAUCAACAAGCCCCAGUCCACACAUGCCUUCGCAAUGACCUGCAUCUGGAUCCACCUGAACUGCAAAGCUCAGAAUGAAACCUCCAAACUGCAGAUUCCCAUCCCACACUCAUUAAAGCUACAUCAUGAGUUUCUGCAGCAGAGUCUGCGCAGUAAGAGUUUGCCUAUGACAGAUUAUAAGAUCGCUCUGCUGUGUAACGCAUACUCCACUAACCCUGAGUGUUUCACACUGCCCAUGGGUGUACUGGUGGAGACCAUCUAUGGGAACGGCAGUAUGCGGAUUACUCUACCUGGAACAAACUGCUUGGCGUCUGGGUCUGUUACACCUCUACCCAUGAACCUGCUGGACUCACUUACAGUUCAUGCUAAGAUGAGCCUGAUCCACAGCAUCGCCACUCGUGUGAUUAAACUGGCUCAUGCCAAAUCUAGUCAGGCUUUGGCCCCUGCCCUGGUGGAGACUUACAGCAGACUACUGGUGUACAUGGAGAUUGAAUCCCUGGGCAUCAAGGGUUUCAUAAGUCAGCUCCUGCCGAAUGUGUUCAAGUCUCACGCGUGGGGAAUCCUGCACACGCUACUGGAGAUGUUCAGCUACCGCAUGCAUCACAUUCAGCCUCAUUACCGCGUGCAGCUCCUCUCGCAUCUUCACUCGCUCGCUGCAGUUCCACAAACCAAUCAGAAUCAACUGCACCUCUGUGUUGAGAGUACAGCUCUGAGGUUGAUCACAGCUUUGGGGAGUUCUGAAGUUCAGCCACAGUUCACACGCUUCCUGAGUGAUCCUAAAACUGUCCUGUCUGCAGAGUCAGAGGAGCUGAACCGAGCUCUCAUCCUGACACUCGCUCGAGCCACACAUGUUACAGAUUUUUUCACUGGAUCAGACUCCAUUCAGGGUACCUGGUGUAAGGAGAUCCUGCAAACCAUCAUGAACUUCACACCUCAUAACUGGGCUUCUCAUACUCUCAGCUGUUUUCCCGCUCCACUUCAGGCAUUCUUCAAGCAGAACAAUGUUCCGCAGGAGAGUCGUUUUAACCUGAAGAAGAACGUUGAGGAGGAGUACAGGAAGUGGAAGUCUAUGACGAAUGAGAAUGACAUCAUCACACACUUCUCCAUGCAGGGCUCGCCACCGCUCUUCUUGUGUCUGCUGUGGAAGAUGCUGCUGGAGACGGACCACAUCAACCAGAUCGGCUUCAGGGUUCUGGAGAGGAUCGGGGCUCGUGCACUGGUGGCACACGUACGGACGUUUGCUGAUUUUCUGGUGUAUGAGUUCUCCACAUCAGCAGGAGGACAGCAGCUGAACAAGUGUAUUGAGAUUCUGAAUGACAUGGUGUGGAAAUACAACAUCGUGACCCUGGACAGACUCAUCCUCUGCCUGGCCAUGAGAAGUCAUGAGGGUAAUGAAGCACAGGUCUGUUAUUUCAUCAUUCAACUUCUUCUCCUCAAACCCAAUGACUUCCGCAAUCGUGUCAGUGAUUUUGUGAAGGAAAACGCUCCGGAGCAUUGGCUGCAGAGUGACUGGCACACCAAACAUAUGACUUAUCACAAGAAAUAUCCAGAGAAGUUGUACUUUGAAGGUCUGGCAGAACAGGUCAAUCCUCCCAUCCAGCUGCAGUCCCAGUAUCUUCCCAUUUAUUUUGGUAAUGUUUGUCUGCGCUUCCUGCCCGUGUUUGACAUCGUCAUCCAUCGUUUCCUUGAGCUGUUGCCUGUUUCUAAAUCUCUGGAGACAUUACUCGAUCAUCUGGGUGGGCUCUACAAGUUUCACGAUCGACCGGUGACGUACUUGUACAACACGCUCCAUUAUUAUGAGCGACAUCUUCGAGAUCGCACUAACCUGAAGAGAAAGUUAGUUCAUGCCAUUAUGAGUUCACUGAAGGACAACCGUACACCCGGCUGGUGUCUCAGUGAGACGUACCUGAAGUGCGGUAUGAACCCCAGAGAUGACAACGUCUGGAUACCAGAUGACACUUAUUACUGCAAACUCAUUGGUCGACUCGUGGACACCAUGGCUGGUAAAUCUCCAGGUCCGUUCCCUAACUGUGAUUGGCGCUUUAAUGAGUUUCCAAACCCUGCUGCCCACGCGUUACACGUCACCUGUGUGGAGCUCAUGGCUCUUGCGGUGCCAGGGAAAGAAGUGGGAAACGCUUUACUCAAUGUAGUGCUAAAGAGUCAGCCGUUGGUUCCCCGUGAGAACAUCACAGCGUGGAUGAACGCUAUUGGACUGGUCAUCACAGCUCUCCCUGAGCCGUACUGGAUCGUCCUUCAUGACCGGAUCGUGAGCGUGGUCAGCAGUCCGGUUCUGAGUUCAGAGACGGAGUGGGUCGGUUAUCCGUUUCAGUUGUUGGACUUCACAGCCUGUCACCAGUCUUAUUCAGAGAUGCAUUGCAGUUAUGUCCUGGCGUUGGCACACGCCGUCUGGCAUCACUCCAGUAUCGGACAGCUCUCUCUUAUACCCAAGUUCCUGUCAGAGGUUCUGAAGCCCAUUGUGAAGACUGAGUUUCAGCUGUUGUAUGUGUAUCACCUGGUGGGUCCAUUUCUUCAGCGCUUCCAACAAGAGAGAACCAGAUGCAUGCUGGAGAUUGGAGUGGCGUUUUAUGAAAUGCUUCAGGCUGUGGAUCAGCACAGUAAACAUCUGGCCUUUAUGGACCCCAUCUGUGACUUUCUUUACCACAUUAAAUACAUGUUUACCGGAGACAGUGUCAAAGACCAGGUGGAGCGGAUUAUCUGUUCACUGAGGCCGGCCAUGAGACUGCGUCUCCGCUUCAUCACUCACAUCAGUAAGAUGGAGACCACAGCCGUCUCCACGGCGACCGCCACCCCUCAGCCGACGAGCGUCUCAUCUCCAGCUUCCCAGAGCGGAGCUGGACCUUCUAAUAUUCCUCUCUCUGUGGCACAGUAGCACGAUGGGACUGUACGGCAUAGAGACAGAAGUACAGUAUGAGCAGCUUCGCCUUCAACUUUUGUUGUAAUACUGUUAAACGUGAAGUAAAUGUUGGAGAAGGAGAAUCAGGAGGUUUUUUAUAUUCACAUGAAUCAAGCUUUUCCUUCUCUGAAUUAAACCGACUCGAUCUCAGCAGAACAUCUCUGUUGCCUUCAAGAAGAUCAAGGACUGACCUACCAAGGUUAUAAUCGUUAUCCUAAAAACUUUAGUCUGAACUUUCAUAGACACACAAACCUUUUGUAUGAAAUAAAAGUGUGCUUUUUUGUUUUUUGAGUCAUGUUUUAUUUUUGUAAUAAUGUAAUAAUCCAGUUAUGCUGUAUGUGCUGUAACUGAAGCCUGAGUUAAACUGCUGAAUAAGCCGAACUUAAUAAACUGAAGCAUUCAUCCGAAUGAAGCCGGUGUUUG